AUGAACUUCAGAGGAAAUCGCAGUUGGACUAAGUUCAUCUGCGAUUUUAGUCAAAUACCUGCUGCUCAUAAAACGAAGAAGGGAACAAGAACCUCUAAGGGUAGCCACCCACGACUACCCACCGUCACAAAUGCUGUGGAGUUCCGGUCAUCACCGCCACCACCAAGCUGUUGUUCCGCCGGAGCUACCGUCGACCGCCAUUACAUCCCACCACCAUCACAGUCUGCCACCAUCGCCUUGCUGCCAUUGGUAAGUCUGUUCAAGUUUCUUUUGGGUUUAAAUUCGUCCCAUCGGAUACCUGCAUCUGGAUUCGUGGGCGGUGAUAAAUGGUGGUGGGGACUUCCCACCACAGCAACGACGACGAGUAGUGGUUGCACAAUAGCUUCGUUGCUUCCGUCUUCCCAAUACAAGGGUGAUCGAAGAGGAAAAAAGGAGCAAGGAUUGGGGUUUGUUUGGGAUUUCUCAAAUCAACAGAAAAGAAAAAGAGAUGGGGUGAGGUUGGAAUGGUUCUAUGGUGGGCGGAUAUGUAGCGGUUCACGGUGGAGUUUGGUGGUCGAAUAG